AUGAUCAUUAAUAACUAUCUCGAAUGUAGUGAGACUAUUGGUUUGAACGAAAUUCAUCUUAAAAAUUAUAGUCAUUUACUAGAUGAUUCACAGUGUAGCGAGGAUUUAAAAAUCGAAGCAUUGAAUUCAGUACUUCUCACUGUUAAAAGAAAUAAAGAUAUACCUGAAUUCAUAAUAGAAACUCUUUUUAGAAAUAUUAAUAAAGGUAACGAUAAACUUGAUAAUUUUGUUGUACUAGUUAUAGAAAUUCUUUCUAAACUAAAGGAGAUAAAAAAUAUUGAUGAUUUAUCAGCAAAAUUAUUAAAGGACGAGGUCAUAGGUGGGGGUGGAAUUGACAUUAAUUUUGAAAACAGCUCGCAGGAAAAUAGUGAUUGUCAAUCAAUAUCAUUGAUAGUCGCUCGAAUUUUUGUUAAUUCUUUGCAAAAGAAUGUUCGAGUAAACGAUGAAAGCAUUGAAAAUCUUGUUAAGGCACUCAAUAGUAACAACAAGCAAACUUGUAUUUUAUCGGCAAAAUCAUUAUAUUUGGUCUCAAAAGCUCAAUGUAUUAAAAAUAAUUUUUUAGUAGCACUAAAAGAACAUGUAGGUAAUAGUAUAUCUGAUGUUUCUCUCUACUCGACAGUUGCUUAUACUCAAGGUUUAGAGAAAUUAUCAUCAGCCGGGCAACCUAUCAUGACAAGUCAUAUUGAUUUUUUAUCCAAUGUUUAUGCAUUUGAAGAAUUACAAUUAGAAGAAGAAGACUUUACUGAUGUAGUUAACAGAAAUAUUUUAUCUACAUUAUGGAACGUAGCAGCAAAUCAUCUAUUUGAAGAGAAUAUUUUUCGAAUUUUCGAUCAUAUUUUUUUGUUUGAAAGUCCUUAUGUACUUCGGGCAAUCGAAAUCCUUACUAAAUACUCAGCAAAUAAAUAUCUUAUUCAGGACAGUACAAUAGCUGCGUUAGAGAAUGUCGCUGGUAUGCCUAAAUUUUUAAAAGAAAUCUUACAAUUAUUUGAAAACAUAACUUAUAACGAACAAAUCAUUGGUGAAAAAAUUUUACCUAUUAUCGCUGAUAACUUUUAUCGCUUAGACAAUGAGAUAUUACGAAACCAAUCAUUUCAUAUUUUAGAUAAGGCUAAUGAUAAUCAAGAUGUAUCAGAAGAAAUAUUUGACAUAAUGGAAUUAGAAAGAGCAAGUCUCACUAUCAGUCGACAGACACCUGAUACUCAUGACGCUACCACUUAUUUACGUGAAGAGACAACGAAAGGGAAAAGAAUAACGAUAAAUGUUUUUCGAGCAUUAAGUGAACUAGUCUCAGGCAAGCAGUUUAUACAUAAUGAAAAUAUCUUGACAAUCUUAUUAAACGUUUCAAAGAAUGGACAAAUGUUACCCAAUGAUUUAAUUGAUAAACUUGCGAAAAAAUUUGAUCCGAAACGUGUUCAACCUAAUUUAAUUGAAAUAUUCGAAAAUUUAGUUAAAAAUAAUCAGAAUGUAUCGGAGGAAUUUUUAAGUAAAUUAAGACUAGCUCUAGAUAAUCCAAUAGUUAGUGACCAAGCAUUGUAUAUUUUCUUACUGCAGGGACAAAAAGGUAAAAAUCUACCCGAAGAGAUCAUUCAUAAAAUUCUUAAUAAAUUUUUGACCUUAAAGAACCCAUCGAUAAUGAAACAAUAUUUGCCUGUUAUGCGUUCCGUUGUUGAACAGAAAGAUUGUUACAACUGUCACACACGAAAUCCUUCUUGUAAAAUAAAUGAUAGAACGUCCAAUACAUGUAUAAUUUCUCCUACUCAAAAAGCUUUAAGUCAUGCUCUUAAGACAAAUAAUCAAGAUGUUAUACGUGAAAGUCUUAGUGGAUUUAAAACACUCAAGUCGCUGUAUGAAGUUGAACUUGAAAAAGAAACUAUAGUAAUUCUGUUAAGUCUAGCAACAAAUGCCAUUUGUGAUGAAAGUAUGAAAGAAGAGAUUAGAUUGCUAUUAAAGGAUUCUAAAUUAGAAGAUGACGAAGAAAUGGCAUAUAAUCUCGCUUAUCUAAAAGAUGGCUCAGAUGAUCAAUUCAUAGAUGAGUUAGCUAAGUUCCACAAUCCUAGACUAUUGGCACAAAACUUUGAAAAAAUCAGCUCGAUCCUUAAUAAGGAUUCACAUUUAAAAGUCAAAGCUCUAGAAAUCUUACUGAGUUGUUCAAAUAAACAAAACAUUACAGAUAGUUUAUUAAGUGAUAUUGCACUUUUAUUAGAAAGUACGAACUCGAAAAACAUCAGAUCAUUAUGCUGUCAACUAAUAAGUGAAAUGGCUGAAAUAGGUCGAACUGUUACAGAUAACAUUAUAAUGCUUGUUCUUGACCAAGACGAAAAAGAAAAGUCAAGAAAUAUAUUAAAUUUAAUAUCUAAAAAUCAAACGUUUUCAGAAGAAAUACAAAUUAAAAUAAAAGUAAUACAUUCGGAUAUUGAUCUAACGAAAAAUAUCGAUCCAACAGCCCUUAGUGAAAUAUUAACUGAUAUGCAGAAAGAUUUCGACAAAUAUCAGAACUUGUCUAAGCCCUCCAUUCAACACUUACUUUCAUUAAGCAUUUCUGAAAAUGAUAUUGAAGAUAGUUUAGAAUUAAAACAAAAAUUAAUCGAUAUCUAUGCAUUAGUUCUCGUACAAGACUCUGAUUUCUGUUCAAAUCAAAUGAUCAUUGACAAUUUAGAGAAAGCGAUUAUGUCUAAAAUGAUAAAUCAGAAUAUUCUUAAUGCAUACAAAGAAAUUAUCAAACGAAAACGAUGCCAAACUAAUAAUUUUUCUAAAGUACUCAACGUUUUUAUAGACAUAUUGAAUCAGGAUAAGAACUUUGUAGAACUCUCUUUUGAUAUUCUUGUAUGUAUUGCUCUAGCAUCUGAAUAUAUAACGAGCUCAGAAUUAAAACACUUAGAAAAUAAUCUUUCUCAUGAUAAUGAGAUGAUUCGUAGUUGGUCAUUUAGAGGUUUGAGAGCAGCCUAUGAGAAAGGUUCGCACUCUGAAAUAUUUAAAGAAUGGUGUGAUAUUAUAAUUGAGUUGCUGAAAGAAAAGACAAAGAUUGAAGUUGAUUUCGAUUUAGAGUUAUGCGAAACUAUAACUUCAUUGAAGUUCAUUGAUUUUACUAAAAUAUAUGACAAGCCAAAAAAACAAUGGUCUAGAGAAUUGUUGAUAUUCGAUUUAAUAGAAAGAUUUCACAUAAGCGAAGGAGAACGAUUUCAGCUUUAUCAGGCUUGGUUGCAUAUUGAAGAACUGGAAGGAUAUAGGAAUGGCCAAAGUAAUGUAUUAUUAAAAUUAUUGCAUCGUUGUCUAAUAAAUAAUAAUAGCAUAUUGUUUAAUGAUUGUUAUCAGGCAAUAAAAGCUAUUAAGGAAAUUGAUUUUGAAAGUGUUCAUGAUAUUUUAGUAAAUAGUAAGAAUCCACUGAUUGAUUUCAAUACAAAGUAUUUAACCAUUAUUAUAACUAAGCUUUUAUCCAACAGAGAUGAGAUCAGACCUGAAUAUAUUAAAAAUUUAGCCAGUACUAUGAUAUCGAAAUUAGGCUUUGAUAUUAGUCAGAAAAUCUUAGAAGCAUUAGAGAGUAUUGUCAAUUUAGGAGAACUUGAUCAUCUGGUAGCUUUUUCUCAAAGAAAUAGUAUUAAAAUAUCUGAUAUCUAUGUUAAGAAUGCAACUAUUUCAAUAUUUAAAAGGUCAUUAGAGAUAAAAUUCCUAGGUAAUCAACUAAAAAAUGUUGAUAAACUUAAAUUAAGUACUCAUCUAGAUAGAUUAUUAGAUCAAAGAUGGACAUUUGAUGAGCUAAAUGGUUUAUUUGAAAUUUUUAGAGAGUCGAAUAAUCAUAAAAGAAACCAGUACUUUAUGUGUGUACUGGAAAUCUUAUCAGAUUAUAAAAUUCCUUCAACGGAUAAGAAAAAACUAUUGUUAGCUUUAAAGAAUCCAGCAGAACAUUGGCAAAGAGAAAUUAAUAAAAUUGCAAUUGAAAACAUUUUUUCUGAUAAAAGUCAAGAGAAAAAUACAGAAGAAUUAAUCAAAGAACUGAAGACUCAAAAUUCUCAUAAUCAAAAUAUAGCGCAUUUAACUGAAAGUAAACUGCGAGAAUGGAUAGAAAGAAUUAAUAAUCCAUCGUCGAUUUCUUCAUUGUCCAGUGAAAGAGGUACAGAUGGAUUUUCUUCAUUUACUUCGCAUCUUAUUACUCAGUGGACACGAGAAGACAUAAAGAAAUGGGCAGAGAAAGUAAAAAAAGAUACUGAGAUUUGUGAAAAUAAGGAAGAUUUCAUAAUAGAAGCUUUAACAGUAAUAAAACGAGCGACUUAUUUGGACACCGGAUUCCAUCUAACAAAUGCUCAAAUUUUAAGUUGUUUACUUGCUUUAAAGCCGAGUGAUAAUCAAGGAAGACUAUUACAGAUUGCAACGGGUGAAGGUAAAUCCACAAUUAUUAGUGUAUUAGCUGUAUUUUACGUUUUACAUGGUAAAACUGUAGAUAUUAUAACUAGUUCACCAGUACUUGCAGAAAGAGACGCAAGAGAAAAGGCGAAAUUCUACAGUAUGUUUGGUCUUAGUUGUAGUAAUAAUAAUGAUAAAGCAGUUUAUAUAUCAGGUCCGAAAACCUGUUACAAAAAACAAAUAGUUUAUGGUGAAGCAGCACAAUUUCAAUUUGAUAUUCUAAGAACAGAAUAUGCCCAACUUGAUACUUUAGGAGAAAGAAAAUGUGAAGUUGCUAUAGUUGAUGAAGUAGAUAGUAUGCUUAUUGAUGACAGUUCCAAGAUUGCUAGACUAGCAACAGCUAUAUCUGGUAUGGAUCAAUUACAAAUAAUUUAUCAUUUAUUAUGGAAUCGAUUUCUUUUCUUGCAAGAGAAAAUUAUUGAAAUAGAAAAUAAAUGGUAUUUAUUUUACGGAACGAUUAAAUUUAAAGAUGGAAAAUUUCUUUUAGAAUAUGAAAAUGAACAAAGAGAUACAGUUGUAAUUUCGGAUUUGAAAAGUUACUUAACAUCUAUAUCAGAUAUAGGUCAUAUAGGUGAAUUAAUCCCAGAAGAUGAAUCCGAUUCAUUUAUGAAAAAACAUCUUGAAAAUUAUAUUAGAUCAUUUAUUGUGAAAAAUAUUAAAAUACCAAAACAUUUUCUAGAUUUUAUUUCCAUGCAGAUACCUAAAUGGAUUGAAAAUGCUAUUACUGCUUUCCAUUAUCAGGAAAAUGUACGUUAUAUAUUACGUGAAGGCUUGAUUCAUCCAGUCGACUAUGAUAGCACAGGAAUAGUGCAGAGUUCUUCGAAUUGGAGUGACGGAUUACAUCAAUUUUUACAAAUAAAACAUAAUCUAAAAAUGACAUCAGAAACUUUUACUACGAAUUUUCUAUCUAAUAUAGGAUAUUUCACGAGAUAUGGUAAGAAUUUAUUUGGUCUUACAGGAACACUAGGUUCGGAAAGAGCUAAAAGAGUAUUAUCUGAUAUUUAUAAGGUCGAUUUAGUUAUUAUUCCUACUUUACGUCGAAAACAACAUCUCUCUUUUCCAGAUAUUGUAGUAAGUAAUGAAUUUGAUUGGUUAAAAGAAAUCUGUCAUUCAGCAAUGAACGAAUCGAGUAAAGACAGAGGAACUUUGAUUAUCUGUGAGACUAUUGAAGAUUGUAAAAUCAUAGGAGAACAACUUCAACAACGAUAUCGUUCGAGUGCGAUAAAACUUUACACAAUGAAUAAUAUGAAUCAAGAGCAGAAUAUAGAAAUCAUAUAUCCUGGAGAAAUAUUUGUUGCUACUAAUCUAGCAGGACGGGGUACAGAUAUAAAAACUGAUGAAAUAGAAAAGCACGGUGGUCUUCAUGUCAUUGUAACAUUUAUGCCAUUGAAUAAGCGUGUUGAAAAACAGGCAUUUGGUAGAACUUCACGACAAGGUAAACGAGGUACAAGUCAAAAAAUAUUAAAUGCUACGAAUUUAGUCCAUUAUAAGGAAUUUGAUGCGCAGAAAAUCACGGAGCUAAGAGAUAAAAUUGAAGCGGAGAUAUUAAACGAAUUUGAAAAUUCUGAGUUAAAAAUAAUUAAUUUAAAAGAUGAACUUUUCCAGAGAUUAUGCUCUUUAUUAAAUGAAAUACGACAAAAAAUUAGAGCAAAAGGUAGUCUGGUUUCCACAUUAAAAAAUAAAAUUAAACGCAUAACUAAAAAUGUCACUCCUUCCAUUUAUGAGUCUAACAUACUUCUUAGUAUUGAAGAACAAUGGGCAAUGUUUUUACGUAAACACGAUGAAAAGAAAACCUCUAUUGACGUCGAAAAAGUACGUGAAAGUUUCGUGGAAUUUAGUAAAAGAAUUAUUGAGGAUUACGAAAAUGACCGUAUCAUUAAAAACCCAUAUUAUCAUGUUAUCAUUGCUAACAAUAUAACUAUCAAUGAUAUUUUCUCGGAUAGUAAAUAUAAUGAAGCAAUGAAACAUUUCGAGCGAGCUAAAGAACUUGAUUCAGAUCAUUGUGCAGCUGCUUUUGUUGGAAUAGGAUGGCUUUUAUUAAAAGGUAAAGGAAGAAUUUUAGUCCCGAACAAACAAGAGUUAGAUUAUAAAAAUGCAGCUGUUAGAUCAUUUCGUAGAGCACUUGAAAUUCUAAGUGAAGAAAUGGCUGUGCUAACAUCUAUACAAGCACUUUUACAGCAAAGGCGUAUAGAUGUCGAUAGUCCCCUAUCUAAACAGUUGAUUCAGAAAAGUGAUAUUUUAGGUACUUAUUGUAAUCAUUUAGAAAGUCUUGUAAACACUGUAACAAAAUCGCAAAGAUUAAUUCAAAUAACAGAAAUAACUGACUAUUCAAAAUUGCAAGGAAAUACGAACAACAAUGGGAUUUUAAAAAAGAUAGUUUCACAUAAUAAAAUUGAGAAAGGCAUUGGGAAGUUUUGCGCUAUACGUUUAACAAAUUUCGAUCAAGUCGCCUAUUAUGAAGAUGCCAUUGAAAAUCGUGAAGAAAUUAUUGUUGUUCAAAAUAAUGAAAGUGAAUUUAUAGUUUUUUAUAAACA